AUGCUCUCUAAGGUCCUUCGAAAUACUACGUAUGCUUUUUGAAACCGGAAGUCUAACCAGACAAAUUGUAUGCAGUUUUACUUUAAGCUGAUUAGCUAUCUGACGUAGAAAGAUGUUGUCAAUAUUUAACUCCAUUCCAACACACAUGGAUUAUAAAGGACAGAAGCUGGCGGAGCAGAUCUUCCAAGGAAUCAUACUUGCCUCAGCGGUGAUCGGAUUCGCUUAUGGCCUCAUCAUUGAACAGUUUGGGUGGACAGUGUACAUAGUGUUAGGAGGUUUUGCUGUGUCUUGUUUGCUGACCCUGCCCCCCUGGCCCAUGUACAGACAGAACCCCCUCUCCUGGCAGCCAGCCCUACCAGAGACUACAGGAGAAACCCUGCAAAAGCCUCAGGAGAAUCUGAAGAAGAAGAAGCACAAGUAGAUCAUGACCGUUUGUACCAGUUUGCCCAAGACACGUUUUGUGACUGAAAAUAACCGUAUGUCUGUACAAUAAAUCCUUGUUUAAAGGAACCCUUUGUUACAGGGUAUUAUGCCAAACAGUGGUGGAAUGUCAAUGUACAAUAAACAGAUUUGCUACUGUG